UUGUGUGAGUUACAGCGGUUUUAAUUUGGAAAGUUGUACGCGUCGCUUGCGUUUGCGCACGUCAGUGGAGCAAGUGUCACUGUCAGUUGCCGCUGGACCGUCGGAGCGUAGACACGCGCCGUUCGCGAGUGAUUUGUUACUGUCGUGCCACGACGAUAGGAAUUGAGCCCAUCGGCCAUAUGACGGCGUAGAGCGCGCAGUGAAACACACAUACACACAAACAGGCAAACAUGUCGUCCAAGGCCAUAUACGAGGCGACCGGCAAAGAUCUCAUCAACAGGCACAUAGCGCCAGGGACAGCGUUGGUGCCGUGCCGGUUCGCGACCUUCGAGCAGAACACCGUCUGGGAAGACGAGCUCGGCAAGAACCCAUGGCUCUCCAAAGAGCAAUUGGUGGUGAAGCCCGACCAGCUGAUCAAGCGGCGCGGCAAGCUCGGCCUGGUGGGCGUGAACAAGUCCGCGGGCGACGUGCGCCGCUGGCUCAGCGAGCACAUGGGGAAGGAGCAGGCCGUCGGCGCCGCCGUCGGGAAGCUGAGGCACUUCAUCGUGGAGCCGUUCGUCAAACACGACGCGAAUGAGGAGAUGUACAUUUGCAUACAGUCGGGCAGACGGACAGACACCAUCCUGUUCCACCACCAGGGCGGCGUGGAUGUCGGCGAUGUUGACGCUUUGGCUGUCAGGCUCGAGGUAGCGGUAGACACAUUCCCCUCCGGUGAGGACAUCGACAGGACUCUGCUCAAAAACAUUAAGUCCGCCUCCACUAAAAGAAUACUGACGACCUUCAUCCUGUCCCUGUACCGCGUGUACGUGGACCUGUACUUCACGUACAUGGAGAUCAAUCCCAUCGUGGUCACCAACGAGCGCAUCUACCUCCUGGACCUGGCGGCCAAGCUCGACCAGACGGCCGACUUCAUCUGCGCCAAGAACUGGGGCACCGUCACCUUCCCGCCGCCGUUCGGACGCGACGCGUACCCUGAGGAGGCGCAUAUCGCCGACUUGGACGCUAAGAGUGGGGCCAGUCUUAAGUUGACGAUACUGAACAAGUCUGGCCGCAUCUGGACCAUGGUGGCGGGCGGCGGCGCGUCCGUCGUCUACACCGACACCAUCUGCGAGCUGGGUGGCGCCUCCGAGCUGGCCAACUACGGCGAGUACUCGGGCGCGCCCACGGAGUCUCAGACGGCGGACUACGCCAAGACCAUCUUCAGCCUCAUGUGCCGCGAGAAACACCCCAACGGCAAGGUUCUGAUCAUUGGUGGCGGUAUCGCCAACUUCACGAACGUGGCCGACACGUUCCGCGGCAUCAUUACCGCCAUCGACACAUACAAAGACGCUCUCAUACAAUACAACAUCACCAUCUUCGUGAGGAGAGGAGGCCCCAACUACCAGGAGGGUCUUAGGCAAAUGCGCGAGGUCGGGCACCGGCUUCGCAUACCCCUGUACGUGUUCGGGCCCGAAGCCAACAUGACGUCGAUCGUGGGCCUCGCGCUCGGCCACUCGCCCAUCCCCAAGGAGCACCAGCUGGACUACGCGCCCAAACAGCUGCCCAAGCCCACACCCUGCCCCAAGCCCAAGAUAGAGCUCCCCGAGCUGACACACAAACUGCUGGAUCUGGUGUGCUCGCAGUCACCGACCCGCGGAGAGUUGGGGCAACCGCUGUCAACCGCCAAGCCGCUCUUCAGUGACCGCACCAAAGCCAUCAUCUGGGGCAUGCAGAACCGCGCCAUCCAGGGCAUGUUGGACUUCGACUACAUCUGCCGGCGCGCGGAGCCGUCCGUGGUCGCCAUCGUGUACCCGUUCACCGCCGACCACAAGCAGAAGUACUACUUCGGCAACAAGGAGGUCUUCAUUCCAGUGUUCUCUGACAUGGACGUGGCGAUGCGCAAGCACCAGGAGGCGACCGUGCUCGUCAACUUCGCUUCGCUCCGUUCGGCCUACGACAGCACCAUGCAGGCUAUGCAGCACCCCCAGAUCAACACGGUGGUGAUCAUCGCUGAAGGCAUCCCGGAGAACAUGACCAGGAAGAUCAUCAAGCUAGCCGACGCGAGAGGCGUGAACAUUAUCGGCCCGGCCACCGUUGGCGGCAUCAAGCCCGGGUGCUUCAAGAUCGGCAACACGGCCGGCAUGAUCGACAACAUCGUCGACAGCAAGCUCUACCGGCCCGGCAGUGUGGCCUACGUGUCCCGUUCAGGCGGCAUGAGCAACGAGCUAAACAACAUCAUCUCUAAAGAGGCUGAUGGCGUCUGCGAGGGAGUUGCUAUCGGGGGAGACCGCUACCCUGGCACCACCUUCAUCGACCACCUGCUGAGAUUCGAAGCCGACCCCAACGUGAAGAUGCUAGUACUGCUCGGAGAAGUGGGUGGCGUGGAGGAGUACCACGUGUGCCGCGCCAUCAAGGAGGGCCGGAUCAAGAAACCUAUGGUCGCCUGGUGCAUCGGCACCUGCUCAGACAUGUUCACCUCGGAGGUCCAAUUCGGUCACGCCGGUUCCCUCGCCGGCUCCGCCCUCGAGAAGGCGUUCGCCAAGAACCAGGGCCUCAAGUCGUUCGGCGUGACCGUGCCUGAGAGCUUCGACAGUUUGGGCACCGCUGUCCGGCAGGUGUACCAGAAGCUGGUGCAGGCGGGCAAGAUUAUUGUUAAGGAGGAGGAGGAGCCUCCGAAGGUGCCCAUGGACUACGACUGGGCGAGGAAACUGGGUCUGAUCCGCAAGCCGGCGGCGUUCAUCAGCACCAUCUGCGACGAGCGCGGCCAGGAGCUCACGUACUGCGGGAUGCCCAUCAGCCAGGUCCUGGAGAAGCAGCUCGGGGUGGGAGGCACCAUCAGCUUGCUGUGGUUCCAGCGCGAGCUGCCCGACUGGGCGUGCAAGUUCUUCGAGCUGGUGCUGAUCGUGACGGCCGACCACGGGCCCGCCGUGUCCGGCGCGCACAACACCAUGGUCACGGCCCGCGCCGGCAAGGACCUCAUCUCCUCCGUCGUGAGCGGCCUGCUGACCAUCGGUGACCGUUUCGGGGGCGCGUUGGACCGCGCCGCGAUCGACUUCUGCGCGGCGUACGACAAGGGCCAGCACCCGCAGGAGUUCGUCAACGAGAAGCGGGCCAAGGGCGAGCUCAUCAUGGGCAUCGGCCAUAGAGUAAAAUCGAUCAACAACCCCGACUCGCGAGUCCGCGAGCUGAAGGCGUACGUGACGGCGCGGUGGCCCGCGUGGCCCGUGACGCGCUACGCGCUCGACGUGGAGGCCGUCACCACGCGCAAGAAGCCCAACCUCAUCCUCAACGUAGACGGCAUCAUCGCUGCCGCUAUGGUCGACCUGUUUAGACACACCAACCUGUUCACUACCGAGGAAGGCAACAACUACAUCCAGAUGGGCACGAUCAACGCGCUGUUCGUGCUCGGCCGCUCCAUCGGCCUCAUCGGCCACUACCUCGACCAGAAGCGCAUGAAGCAGCCCCUAUACCGCCACCCCUGGGACGACAUCACCUACAUGUCGCCGCUCAACUAAGGUCCAUGAUCCUAUCAGGUUACCUGACGUGCUUCAAUUAGUA